CUCACCAGCUUCCGGUAGCGCACUGUGCUCUACGUCUAAGCGGCUCAGCUAACUACUUCCGGUGGUUUAUUAUCAAUGAUUUUGUCAGUUGUGUAAGAUCAAAACACUAGUUUGAAGUUUAUCUUUUGUUGUUGUCGAAAUGUCGUACAACUACGUGGUAACAGCUCAGAAACCAACGGCAGUGAACGCCUGCAUCACAGGUCACUUCACCUCCGCAGAAGACCUCAAUCUGCUCAUAGCCAAAAACACACGCCUGGAGAUUUAUGUGGUCACAGCAGAGGGUCUUAGGCCCGUUAAGGAGGUGGGCAUGUAUGGAAAGAUUGCUGUCAUGGAGCUCUUUCGGCCCAAGGGUGAGAGUAAAGACCUGCUGUUUAUUCUCACAUCCAAGUACAAUGCCUGCAUCCUGGAAUACAAACAGAAUGGGGAGAGCAUUGACAUCAUCACCCGUGCACAUGGCAAUGUCCAGGAUCGUAUUGGGCGUCCUUCAGAGACAGGUAUCAUUGGAAUUGUAGAUCCAGAGUGCCGUAUGAUUGGCCUGCGGCUGUAUGACGGGCUGUUCAAGGUUAUCCCAUUGGACCGGGACAACCGUGAGCUGAAGGCCUUCAACAUCAGACUGGAGGAGCUUCAGGUCAUUGAUGUCCAUUUCCUGUAUGGCUGCCAAGCCCCAACCGUCUGCUUCAUUUACCAGGACCCCCAGGGACGCCAUGUGAAGACUUAUGAGGUUUCUCUGAGGGAGAAGGAAUUCAACAAGGGACCCUGGAAACAGGAGAAUGUGGAGGCCGAGGCGUCUAUGGUGAUCCCAGUCCCAGAGCCAUUUGGUGGAGCUAUAAUCAUAGGACAGGAGUCCAUCACUUACCACAAUGGAGACAAAUACUUGGCUAUUGCACCACCAACUAUCAAGCAAAGUACCAUCGUCUGCCACAACCGAGUGGACCCCAAUGGCUCUCGCUACCUGCUGGGGGACAUGGAGGGGCGUCUGUUUAUGCUGCUGCUGGAGAAGGAGGAGCUCAUGGAUGGAACGGUGGCGCUUAAAGACCUGCACGUAGAGCUGCUUGGAGAGACAUCCAUUGCUGAAUGUUUGACCUACUUGGACAACGGUGUGGUCUUUGUGGGCUCCAGACUGGGCGACUCGCAGUUAGUUAAGCUCAACGUGGACAGCAAUGAGCAGGGCUCAUACGUGGCUGUGAUGGAGACCUUUACCAACCUGGGGCCCAUUGUGGACAUGUGCGUUGUGGAUCUGGAGCGGCAGGGACAAGGACAGCUGGUGACGUGCUCAGGCGCAUUCAAGGAGGGCUCUCUUCGGAUCAUCCGCAACGGCAUUGGGAUUCACGAGCAUGCGAGCAUCGACCUGCCAGGAAUCAAAGGUUUGUGGCCGCUCCGCUCGGAGGCAGGCAGGGAGACGGAUGAUAUGCUGGUGCUCUCCUUUGUGGGUCAAACACGAGUGCUGAUGCUGAGCGGCGAGGAGGUGGAGGAGACUGAGCUUCCAGGCUUCGUAGACAACCAGCAAACCUUUUACUGUGGGAACGUGGCGCACCAACAACUCAUUCAGAUCACAUCAGGUUCUGUGCGCCUGGUGCUCCAGGACAGCAAGGCGUUAGUGAGCGAGUGGAAGGAGCCGCAGGGCCGGAACAUCAGCGUGGCUGCGUGCAACCACACUCAGGUGGUUCUGGCUGUGGGACGGUCCCUCUACUACCUGCAGAUAUUGGCUGGCCAGCUUAAACAGAUCAGCACCACGGAGAUGGAGCACGAGGUGGCCUGCCUGGACAUCACACCUCUGGGGGAGGGUGGCGGAGAGUCGCAGCUCUGCGCCGUGGGACUGUGGACCGACAUCUCUGCACGCGUGCUCAAACUGCCCUGCUUCACAGCCAUGCACAAGGAGAUGCUGGGGGGAGAGAUCAUCCCUCGCUCCAUCCUAAUGACCACCUUCGAAGGCAGCUACUACCUGCUGUGUGCCCUGGGAGACGGAGCGCUCUUUUACUUUGGUCUGGACCUGCAGACCGGCGCCCUGAGUGAGCGUAAGAAGGUGACCCUGGGCACCCAGCCCACCGUGCUGAGGACCUUCAGGUCUCUGUCCACCUCCAACGUCUUCGCCUGCUCCGACCGACCUACUGUCAUCUACUCCUCAAACCACAAGCUGGUUUUCUCCAACGUCAACCUGAAGGAGGUCAAUUACAUGUGCCCGCUCAACUCUGAGGGCUAUCCUGACAGUCUGGCUCUGGCCAACAACAGCACGCUGACCAUCGGUACCAUUGACGAGAUUCAGAAACUCCACAUUCGCACUGUUCCACUCUACGAGUCUCCCAGGCGCAUCUGUUACCAGGAGGUUUCCCAGUGUUUUGGGGUUCUGUCCAGCCGGGUUGAGAUUCAGGAUGUGAGUGGUACCACAUCUGCCGUUCGUCCCAGUGCCAGCACGCAGGCUCUCUCAAACAGUGUGAGCUCCAGCAAGCUCUUCCCCAGCAGCACCUCUCCCCACGAGACCUCCUUUGGUGAGGAGGUGGAGGUUCACAGCCUUCUAGUUGUGGAUCAGCACACCUUUGAGGUGCUCCAUGCCCAUCAGUUCCUCCCAAGUGAGUACGCCCUCAGCAUGGUGUCAUGUCGUCUGGGAAAGGACCCGUCAGUAUAUUUUAUUGUCGGCACUGCCAUGGUUUACCCAGAGGAGGCUGAACCCAAGCAGGGACGCAUCAUUGUCUUCCACUACACUGACGGGAAGCUGCAGACUGUGGCUGAGAAGGAGGUGAAGGGUGCAGUCUAUUCUAUGGUGGAGUUCAAUGGAAAACUUCUGGCCAGCAUCAACAGCACAGUCCGUUUGUACGAGUGGACGGCUGAGAAGGAGCUGAGGACGGAGUGUAACCACUACAACAACAUCAUGGCUCUUUACCUGAAGACUAAAGGAGACUUCAUCCUGGUGGGAGACCUGAUGAGAUCUGUCCUGCUGCUGGCGUACAAACCCAUGGAGGGAAACUUUGAAGAGAUUGCUCGAGACUUCAACCCUAACUGGAUGAGUGCGGUGGAGAUCCUGGAUGACGACAACUUCCUGGGAGCCGAGAACGCCUUCAACCUCUUCGUGUGUCAGAAGGACAGCGCGGCCACGACGGAUGAGGAGCGGCAGCACCUGCAGGAGGUGGGGGUCUUCCACCUCGGGGAGUUUGUCAACGUCUUCUGCCACGGCUCGCUGGUGCUGCAGAACCUGGGUGAAAGCUCCACGCCCACGCAGGGCUCCGUGCUGUUCGGCACCGUGAACGGGAUGAUUGGCCUGGUCACGUCCCUGUCGGAGGGCUGGUACAGCCUCCUCCUGGACCUGCAGAACCGUCUCAACAAGGUCAUCAAGAGCGUGGGCAAGAUCGAGCACAGCUUCUGGAGGUCCUUCCACACCGAGCGUAAGACGGAGCAGGCCACAGGGUUCAUCGACGGGGAUCUCAUCGAGAGCUUCCUGGAUCUGGGCCGCGCCAAGAUGCAGGAGGUCGUCAGCUCCCUUCAGAUCGAUGAUGGCAGCGGCAUGAAGCGUGAAGCCACAGUGGAUGAGGUCAUUAAGAUUGUGGAGGAGCUGACGAGGAUCCACUAACCUCAACCAUCACGUGGCUCCCGCUGAGUCCAGACGAUGAAUGAUGAGCAGAACGCGACGGAGGCGACGCUUUGGGUUCUGCAGAUUUGUAAAUAAUUAUAAAUAAACGCGUGUGCAUGUUCGUCCUUGACUCUUCAUUGAUUUGUUACCUGUGGAGACCCCGAUGGUGCUGAUCCGUGAGAGCAGCACGUUUCAGUUCCAUCAGAGUCUCCGGGUGAAGUGCGUAGCAACCUGUUGGGACAAUAAGAAGACCAAAGUGUUGUUGGUCUGAGUGUGUGUGAGCAUGUGUGCAAACAUUCUCCUCCUCAAAUCCAGUCUUUGGGAUAUUUACGAGGUGCAGACAGGCUGACGGUCGUCUUCAGGCCCCAGCACGUGUCUGUUAAACCUGCUGUAUGAGAAACAACGUGAGGAUCAGUCAUAGCUAUUUUGUCUUUGUGAUGUUUUCUUUGUUAUUCUAAUAAACUCUGCUUUAGUACUGUUA